CUUUCAACGUUGCGCCAUCCUUUUUCUUAGACCUUCAUCCUCAGAUCUGGGGGCCGCAGGAUCUAUUCUUCCUAUUGUACUUGCAGCUCGAUGGCCCUUCAUGAUGUCAUCCGUGUACAAUCUGAUUUCUAGAAUCCAUCUGAUCCAAACGCCAACACGAACAUACAGCCAUGGGCAAGUUCCGCACGCGUUGGUAUAAGACCGACCGAGCUCAGGAUUUUGAGCAUGAGCAGGAUCGAGAUGUUCGCGCUCGGCAGGUGUACGACACAAUCGAUCGCCAGGGAUUCCAAUACUUGAUCGUCUUCGUUGCCGGUGUUGGCUUCUUUCUUGAUGGAUACACCCUGUUUGCAAGCAACAUGGCACUUCCGAUGAUCUCCUACGUCUACUGGAAAAAGGAGGUCUCUUCGAUCAAGAUCACUCUAUUCAACAUUGCUACAUUGGGUGGGACGCUAUUGGGACAGGUCUUGUUUGGGUACCUAGCUGACCGGAAUGGACGCAAGAAGAUGUAUGGCUUGGAGUUGAUUCUCAUGAUCACGUCCACACUGGGCGUUGUGAUGGCCUCCCGCGGAGAAAACGAUUCAAUGAGCAUCUACGCGUGGCUCAUCUGGUGGCGUAUAGUUGUGGGAAUUGGAGUCGGAGCCGACUACCCUUUAAGCUCGGUCAUCACAAGCGAAUUUGCUCCCACUAAGCACCGAGCAAGGAUGAUGGCUUCGGUUUUCUUCAUGCAACCUUUGGGGCAGAUCUGGGCAAACCUCGUGUCGCUGAUUGUCAUCGCCACCAGCCGUUCAGAUACCAAUGAUUUGACCAUGUCUGUCGAUAGGAUGUGGCGCUACGUCAUUGGUAUCGGUGUGAUACCGGCAGCAAUAGCAACUUGCUUCCGGUUCUUCGUUCCAGAGUCGCCACGCUUCCUCAUGGAGAUUGACGAUGAUCCAGUAAAGGUCGAGUUCGAUGCAACCACACUCUUUACUGAUCCAAAUGCUGUUUCCUCCUCCCCGACUCUCGAAACUGAAAGCUGGCACAAUUUUCCUGGGCAGGCAUAUUCCCUGACUACCAUCACAGCCGAGGACCGAUCCUCCACAUCCCAGACCGGGAUCCUUCAACCAGCGACUCUGAAUUCUCACUGGCGCUUAACGUGGAAGGACAUCGUACAAUACUUCUGGGUGGAAGGCAACUGGCGGACUCUAGCUGCGACGGCCGUGUCCUGGUUCUUCUUGGACUUUGGCUUCUACGGCAUCAGUCUCUCAAGCCCGCAGUUCUUGGCUAAAACUUGGGGGUCUCUUCAUUUGAGCGCACCCGCGCCUUACUGGGAGACGAACGACAGUCCUAGUGCAAGCGUCUAUGACAUGUUCUUCGCAAGUUGCACUCACGCACUGGUCAUAUUGAACGUGGGUAGCUUUGUCGGCGGACUUCUUCUCAUCUUGGUGAUCCACAAACUGGACAGAGUCGCUCUACAGAAGUACUCGUUUCUCGCACUAUCCGCACUCUUCAUCGCCCUAGGUUGCAUGCUUAUCACCGUACAAAAAGAGGGUCCUGUGGCCGUUGUUUUGUACGUCAUCGGCCAAGCACUCUUCAACUUUGGACCCAAUGCUACAACAUACAUCAUCCCCGCUGAAAUCUUCCCCACCCGUUACCGUGCCACCUGUCACGGACUUAGCGCCGGCGCUGGUAAGAUCGGUUCCAUAGUGGUGCAGGUAUUUUCGGCCUACUACAACUUCGGCGGCGGUUUCGGAGAGGAGCCGGUAAAGCGUCACGGCUACGUUCUGAUUGUCUUUGCCGUAUGCAUGCUCUUUGGGGCGAUGGUCACAUGCUGGAUACCUCCAAUCCAGAGAAAGCCGGAUGGAUCUGGAAGAGGUAAAUUGUGGGGUGGCAAGACGGAGACGCUGGAGACUCUGGCGCUUGGUCGACUCGGCUUGGACAGUCGAUACGCGAAUAAAGGCAGACGGAGAAGGAGGGAUGUUGUUACAUGAUGUGACAACUCCAUCACGGUGGCGGUUUCAUCUAUUCUGGGUAUAUAAUCACGGGUACAUACAAGGGUAUUUUAAUUUCGCUGUAUAUAUUUGCCAGUUGUCG